AUGUGCAUGUCACAGACUGACAUGUGCAUGUCACAGACUGACACAUGCAUGUCACAGACUGACACGUGCAUGUCACAGACUGACACGUGCAUGUCACAGACUGACACAUGCAUGUCGCAGACUGACAUGGUCAUGUCUCAGACUGACCCGUGCCUGUCGCAAAUUGACAUGUGUAUGUCACAGACUGACACGUACAUGUUGCAGACUGACACGUACAUGUUGCAGGCUGACAUGUACAUGUUGCAGACUGACACGUGCAUGUCUCAGACUGACACGUGCAUGUCCCAGACUGACACGUGCAUGUGGCAGACUGACACGUGCAUGUGGCAGACUGACACGUGCAUGUCGCAGACUGACACUUACAUGUCGCAGACUGACACGUACAUGUUGCAGACUGACACGUACAUGUUGCAGACUGACACGUGCAUGUCCCAGACUGACACGUGCAUGUGGCAGACUGACACGUGCAUGUGGCAGACUGACAGGUGCAUGUCGCAGACUGACACGUGCAUGCCGCAGACUGACACGUGCAUGUCGCAGACUGACACGUGCAUGUCACAGACUGACACGUGCAUGUCGCAGACUGACACGUGCAUGUCGCAGACUGACACGUGCAUGGCGCAGAGUGACACGUGCAUGGCACAGAGUGACACGUGCAUGGUGCAGAGUGACACGUGCAUGGCGCAGAGUGACACGUGCAUGGCGCAGACUGACAGGUGCAUGUCGCAGACUGACAGGUGCAUGUCGCAGACUGACAGGUGCAUGUCGUGA